UACCCAAGCCGCCGAAACUCGAGGUCAAAUCCAUGACCAAAAAGGAGGAGCCGCAUGAGGUGCACGCUGAGCAGGGAGUCCUUCUGCCCCCGCAAGAACCCAACGGACCAGGAGAGAUGGGAAAGCCCGUGUCACUCCCAAAGGACCUGGACCCGGAGAUCAAAAAGAAGGUAGACGAGGGCUGGAAGAACAACGCCUUCAACCAGUACGUGUCAGAUAUGAUCUCCGUCCACCGCACUCUUCCUGACCCACGCGAUGAGUGGUGUAAGGCUCCAGGUCGUUUCCUGGACAACCUGCCGGAGACAUCAGUCAUUGUGUGCUUCCACAAUGAGGCAUGGAGUGUGCUCCUCCGCACUGUGCACUCCAUCCUCGACCGCUCCCCGCCACAGUUCCUCAAGGAGAUCAUCCUCGUCGAUGACAACUCUGAUAUGCCUCAUCUGAUGCAGCAGCUGGAGGACUACAUGGCGCAGUACCCGAAAGUGCGGAUCGUCAGAGCUCCAAAGAGAGAGGGUCUCAUCCGCGCCAGGCUGAUGGGAGCGCGCCACGCCACUGCCCCCGUACUCACCUUCCUCGACUCCCACUGCGAGUGUACCACAGGUUGGCUGGAACCUCUGUUGGUACGCAUCGCUGUUGAUCCCCACAUCGUCGUUUGUCCAGUCAUAGACGUAAUCUCCGACGACAACUUCGAGUACCACUACCGCGACUCCUCUGGUGUCAAUGUGGGUGGCUUCGACUGGAACCUGCAGUUCAACUGGCAUGCUAUUCCAAGCAAAGAGCGUGCACGCCACCAGCACCCAGCCGAGCCUGUUAGAUCACCCACCAUGGCCGGUGGACUGUUCUCCAUCGACAAAGCUUUCUUUGAAAGACUGGGUACAUAUGACUCUGGGUUUGAUAUCUGGGGAGGAGAGAACCUAGAGCUGUCAUUCAAGACUUGGAUGUGCGGAGGUACACUGGAAAUUGUACCGUGCUCACACGUUGGCCACAUCUUCAGGAAAAGAUCUCCAUACAAGUGGAGAUCAGGCGUUAAUGUCUUGAAAAGGAACUCUAUUCGUUUAGCGGAAGUCUGGUUGGAUGAAUACAAGAAAUAUUACUAUGAGAGGAUUGGAUAUGAUCUGGGAGACUUUGGCAAUGUAAGUGAGAGGAAGAAGUUGCGUGAGAGUCUAGGCUGCAAGUCCUUCGAGUGGUAUCUGGAGAACGUGUACCCAGAGCUCUUCGUUCCAGGUGACGCAGUUGCUUCUGGAGAGGUCCGCAACAUGGGCGCGGGCGGGUCUACCUGCCUCGACUCACCUGCACGCAGGGCUAACUUGCACAAAGCUGUGGGCCUCUACCCUUGCCACAAGCAAGGGGGUAACCAGAUCCACAACCAGAGGACCGGUCAGUGUGUGGAUUCCGCUGCCAAACCUGAAGAUAAUCACAAACCAGUUGGACUCUGGCCUUGCCAUGGCCAGGGUGGCAAUCAGUAUUGGAUGCUGAGUAAAGAAGGAGAAAUCCGGAGAGAUGAGGCAUGCAUGGAUUAUGCUGGAACUGAUGUCAUUCUGUAUCCCUGUCAUGGCUCAAAGGGCAAUCAAUAUUGGGAGUAUAAUCCAGAGACAAAUCGUAUUACCCAUGGUAGUAGUAAGAAGUGUCUGGCUAUCUCUCAAGACAGGAAGAAGCUAGUCAUGGAAGACUGCAACUUGUCAGAAUCAAGACAAAAAUGGAAAUUUGAAAAUUAUGAUCCAAGUAAAAAGCUAUGAAGACUAGUGUAAGUUAAAAGAAAUGUUUGUUUUCUAUUUUUUCAAGUGCCUGUGUGUAUUUUUUAUAAUAAAAACGCAAUGAGAAAAAAUGCUAUGUUGACUGAUUUAUUAAAGAAUCUUUGUGUAUUUUCUUAAGGUAGUUAAUGAGAUCUUGUUUGUUUAUAUUUUUUGCUUCUCUAGCAGCAGUUACUUUAUACCAAUAAAACCGUGCUUACUGCUUUCAGUAUGCUCAAUAGGUCAAUAUUUUUUCCUUGUGCUACAACAAAUUUUACUUAAUGUGCUUUUGAAAAACAAGCGAGUGCAAAUGAUCUAUGAAUUCGUGACUAUAAAUGUAAAGAAUGUAAAUAUAAAUGUAUUCCUCUUACUGGAGCAUAAUUAACAGUAAUAAAUAAAAAUUCAUGGAAUUUAUGAUACAUGAAUUAGUUGCGUGUGUUUUUGCAAAUUAUUUUUGUUAAAAAUACGAACCUAGUCAAAGCUAUUAUUUGAAAGUAGUUAGCAUUGGGUAUGUUAAAAACUAACUGAUUCUUCUUAUAUUCAUAGGGAGGUGGUAAAUCCUUUGGGGGGUUAUAUAGUGCUCAGGAAAUCAUAAGUACUUAAUCUUUGGCUAAGAUCUGGAUGGUAAAUGAGGAAAUCUUAAGUAGUAAGGGGUUUAUUGAAAGUAAAUUGUUCAAUAAUACUGUACUUAUGAUGAUGUUUAAGAUAUUCUUUGAGCUAUUAAUCAUACUUGACUAAAAAAUUUAAUAGAGGAAAGGGCAAUGCAUUCAUAAGUCUACAAAUUACUACAAGGUUUUUAGACAAAAUGAGCAUUCACUUUUCAAGGCAUGAGUGACUGAGGAGCCUCAGUAUGUAGCAGCUUUGCCAAACAGAAAUUGUAAAUAAGGGUGUAAUUUUGUUUCCAUAAUUUCAUUCCAUGUAAUUAAUCAACUUGUCAGUGGCGGCUGUUUGAUGUGUGUACCUCAGAAGACAUUUCCAGAUAAUUUAAAAACAUCUUUUACAGCAAGACUUGUGCAACACAUAUUUAUGAAAAUGUUUCCAGUUAUGAUUGAUAGUAUUAUUUGACGAAAGAUAAAAAAAAGUGUGUAAUGUACAUAAGAUAAAUAUUUAUAUUUAUAAUUCCAUUUAAUUAUUCAUUCUCAUACUAGCAUUGAUGAAGAAACAGGAUAUUCUAAUGACUAUAAGCAAUUUUGUACACAUUUGUCUUGUCCUAUAUGUAUGAAAAGUGUAUUAAAAAUAGUUAUCUAGUAAGUUUUUUCCCGUGAACAGUAGUGUUAAAUUAUGGCCUCUAAUGUAUUGGUGCUCUGGACCUAAAUCAAAGGUUAGCAAUAGAGUGGAAGGGUAGAUUCAGGGGUAACAAAUCAUACCUAUUUUACUUUUAAGAUAAAUUCUAGAUAUGAAUUGUUUAAUGUGCAGUAUUUGCCUAAAAUAUACUGCAAUUGCAACCUUAGUUUUGCACUGAUCUGUUAACCAUUAAUUUGACUUCAAGAGUAGAUAAUGGUUUGGUUUUGUUAGCCCGCUAGAUGAAACUAUCAUUGUUUUGGGUAAUAUAGUAAAUUCUUAAAAAAUUUAAAACUGAAAUCAGAGAAUUUUUGUAAAAUUUUCUUCUUUUAAGGCACUGUACUUAAGAGAAUUGGCAUCACAUGGACUUCUUUAUUUUAUUGUUUAAACUUGUCUUUCUGUGUUGUCAGUUAGCCUUAUGAUUUCAACAUUUUCCAUGAACUGUAUCCAUGCUUGUUGAUUUCCAAGAUGCAUUGUCCCAGGCAAUGAAUGGAAGAGGUGAAGACUGCUAUAUCGAGCGCUUUCCUAUUAGACUCCUGCCUCGGUAAUGACAUGCGCCACAUAAACUGAUUUUCCCUUUCAAAGCAGCAUAACUUACAGAUGAGCAGCAAGGUAUUCAGGGUUUGACUGUACAUGGGUACUUUACUCCCUUUUCUUUCCAAAUGACUUGUUAGACACAAUUCUCUCUAGAUUGUAGACAUGGUGCACUGCUCACCCACAAUAACCAUCUGCUUGCAGGUGCUCUUGUCCCUCUCUUGUGCUGCAGACUGUGGAACAUUGAAAUCACUUUUUUUUUUAAUUUUACAUUAAUGAGGACUUUGGAAUUAAUUUUAGAGUUUUGUUUUGAAAUAGUUAUUUUUUAAGUUAUCUGGGUUAUUUUCAUGAGUGCUUCUUAGUGUAAUUUUUUAUAUUUAUUUUUGAAGGAUAGUCUUAGCUUGUGAGUGCUGUGUAUAUAUUAAUAAGCAUCGUGGAAAAUCUUAUAGGUCAAAUAGCUCUGUAAAUAUAACAGCUUGUUUUCUUCUAAACUUCUCGCAAACCGAAAUAAGUUUGCAUUUAAAUCAAUUUGGGACCUUUAAAUUUUCCUUAUUGCUCUUUCAUCUAUAAUUGUUCAACACUUUCAGGUAAUUAGAAAGAUGAAGGAUUUGGGUAGUUUUUGCCACUUUUCUAACUUAUACCCUCUAACCAAGAAGCUGAUGUUCCCAAAAAAAGUACGUAUUUGAAAAUAUAGAGAGUUAAAAACAGAGUAAAAUAAUUUUUUAUUUUAAGGGGGAAGCAUCCUUCAUAUGAAGAUUUGUGGCUUUUGUUUUCUGAUUAAUAUUUUUUCAAGCUUAUUUGCCCUAAAGCCCUGAAUGUACUCUCAAAAUCAUUAUAACUGAGUAGUUCCUUUAUUGAUUCCUUGUAAGGAUCACUAAUGCAUGAAUUUUGAAGGCCAUUUCCCACUAUGUGGGUCAAUAAUUGAAGAAAGGUAAUAUAAUACAUGACAAUUCCAAGUGAAGAAUGUUCUGUUAAAUUCCUAACUUAGGUUCCGUGGUAGAUAGAGGGUACAUUAUACACAUCUUCGUUCUCUAUGUAGACGUACAAUUGUUUGUUAAAAGCUAAUAUAUUAAAUGUUUGUACAAAGGUACAUAUAUUAUGAUUUUUCACUUUUGUUAUUGAAUGCUCAAGACUGUGGAAAGUCAUGAGCUUAUCAUUUGGUAUUUUUUACUAAUUUUUGAGACUUUCAUAGUAUAUUUUUCCUAUAUCCUGUGGUACCAUGAUGAAUUUGAGUCAUCAUAGUUUGAUGAUGUAUAUGCGGUAUGCUGUAUACUAAAAUGGAAAUAUUGACUUCAUACCCACUAAGUGUCACAAGAAUAGUGUAUUUUUCAUGAAAGCCAAAGGAUAAAUAUCCAAACUCAGAGCCGAAUUUUUUAUGGAAUAUGACAUGCGUCACGGAUUUACAGUAAUCACUCGUAGUUGACAUUUGUGAAAUUAAACAAACGUUUCAGGUUAUAGGAAUCACUGAGUGUCGAUUAGAUUGAAGAAAAAUUAAAUUAAAAUUGAUAGUUACUUUGCCUUCACACACAUAUUUUAUAGUUUAUACACUUAUAUAUUAGUGAUUUUCAUGCAAGAAUGCUUAUUUACUGUGAAUGAAAGUACAUCUUUACAUCUCUUAAAACUCCUGAGAAAUGAAUGUUCUGUACCUUCAUUGAUUUCAUUAUUGUAUAUAUUUUUGGAACUUGAAGCUUAUACAUGUAUUUAUUUAUGCAGUUAGGUAACAUUAAUUUUCAGCCACCAGUAGGGAAUCAUUUUAAAAAGUAUUAUUUAGCUGCAACAUUCCACUGUCAUUCUAUAGUAUUGAAUAUCUGUAUGUGUAUAUGUAUAUAUCAUAUGCACACUUCACAUGAAGUGGUUAUACCUCCUCUUGAAUUAUAUUUGAGUAUUCUGUCACUGAUUAGGUAAAAGUAUUUGUCAACAAGUGAAUGGUUAAUUUCUAGAGAGGAUGGUGUAUGCUACAGUAUAAAUCUAACCAUUAUAUCAGACUUAUACAUGGAAGAUAGGACACCACGAGUGUAGCUCUGUAACUAACUAAAAACAGGUCAUCACAAAUACUUAAUGAUAUGCAUGAAUAACAAUGUUACACAAUUUCCAGAAAGGGCUAAUUUCGUAAAGCUAAAUCAGUGCUGCUCCAGCCAGCAUACACACAGAUGCUAGCGCUCACUUGUAAUAUGAGUGGAAAAAGCAAACACUUUUGUGAAUAAUUGGUAUUAUAAUGUUAAAAAAUAUAUACAUAUCAACCAUUAAUUUACCAAUGUUUCCAUUUUGCAUAUUUAGUAAUGAUAUGGAUAGUGUUAAGCUGUUAUGGCAGUGUAUUUUGCAUAAUCAACUUGAUGAUUAUCUGCCAUACCAUUGCUUCAGUGCUACCAUUUAAAAAAAAAAUUUAAUUUGUUACAUAGAAACAUUCAUAUACAGUAUAUAUAUAUAUAUAUAUAUAUAUAAUAUAUAUAUAUAUAUAUAUAUAUAUAUAUAUAAAUGCCAUUUUCAUAAAUACGUAUAAGAUGGCCUAAUUAACAUCUUCCUGCUGUAAAUUAUACAUGUUUGGCUUUCUUUGGAAGUGAAAUUGCUUCUCUGUUCGUGUGCACGUACCAUAAUACUGUAGUAUAUUAUGCAUUCCCCUACUAGUGUAACACAAUCCAUAUAGUGUACCAUUUUCAAUAUAAUUUUGACACCAUAUAUUUUAAAUAAAUAUACUAAUGUGUUUGUAGUAAAAAAUUGUUUUUGCAAAACAUUUACUUAAAUCAACAGUUAUUUGGAGAGGGGAGGAAGUAUUUUUUUUUAUAAUUGGUGUAGUACAUUGAUCUUAAAUUAUUAGAAAUCAUUGUUAUUGACUUUUUUUUUUUUGUAUAUAAAUACAUCAGUUUGUUAUAAUGUAUAUUUAACAACUAAUUUAAUACAAAUUAUAAAUAUUUUUAUGUAAGAUACAGUAUUUAACAUGUAACAUAGUUUAUACAUUAUCAGUUUUAAAUGAACUUUAAUACAGCCAUAGUCAUUGGAAAUGUAUGCUCAGGCAAGGUCCAUAAUAUUAAGAAUGUGCAUCCACAAGUUUUGUGGAUGUAUGUAUCUUGUUUUAAAGUUUGAAAAGUGUAAUUUGGCUUCAGUGCUUCAUAAUAUAUUAACUUAGUUAUUUAAAACUCAGUAACACAGUAUUAUUUACUACUACACAGGAUAAAUACUUAGGGAUCCCAUUCAUCCUGGUUUUAGGGGUGGUGUACCAAAUUUGGUUCAGAACGCCAUUUGUUCCCAUUUUUUUGUUUUUUAAUUCUAUGUUAAACGAGUGUCUAAUUUGAGUAUUCUUAUUCCUGUUAUUUUAUUAUUUGUAUCGGUAUGUAAUUUAUUAUGAGUUAUAUAAUGACUGUAACCACAAAU